GUGUCGUCGGUAUCAUCGGUGUCGUCGGUGUCAUCUGUGUCGUCGGUGUCAUCUGUGUCGUCGGUGUCAUCGGUGUCAUCGGUGUCGUCGGUGUCAUCGGUGUCAUCCGCAAGCAGCACUCCAAGUGGCAUGGUUGUGAUCAAUGCGACACCGGCGCAGCCUUCUGGAGUCGUGCGGCGGCAAGCAGUUCAAGGUUCUUAUAUCAGCGCCAAUGGCUCAACGGUUUCCAAUUGCCAGGACGGGGUAUCUUUCCAAAUUGUUGACGGCCAAUUGUUUGGUGCGAACGGCCUGAUUACCACUACCGCUGGGACUGCCUCACAACCUUUGGUUGGGGUAGCUGAGGGCGGGGAAAUCUCGCGAACGUGGAAAUAUGCUGGAACUUCGCUUGUGUGGUCCAAUCCACUCUUCGAAAAUGGCGUUGCUCGAUUUUGUUCCCAGUCGGAUGGGCUUGUCAUUGUUGUUCUCCAGGGUGAUUUCCCAUCUGGUUGUAACGCGGUGACAUUGAGCGGUUUGGAAGUAUCAAACUGUCCUGGCUAUUCAAGCUCGAGCUUGCCUAUUAGCUCGACCUCCGUGCCCCCUACAUCUAGCGUUCCGUCUAGCUUGAGCAUCUCCACUAGUCUUUCGAGCAAGAGCUUCCCCAGCAGCCAUUCAAUCAGCAUCUCGAGCAAAAGCUUCCCGAGCAGCCAUUCAAUCAGCAUCUCGAGCAAAAGCUUCCCCAGCAGCCAUUCAAUCAGUAUCUCGAGCAAGAACAUACCCUCGAGUGUAUCGUCCCUGCCGGUCUCUUCACCUUCAACUUCGGCCCUACCAACUUUUGCGAUCCAAGGGACGGGUGGUGUAGGCGGAAUACCUUAAUAUCUUGGCACUGAUGGAGUUCUCCAUGCAGAUGUAGCUUCAGCAGCCCCAUAUUCCAUUAUUGACGGCCAGAUGGUGCAUAUCAACGGGACCGGGGGUAUUAUAUGUGUCCAACAUGGUGAAGCCGGAUAUGGCUACACGGAUAUGUCACCCUCCCCAGACACUGACCCCGACAUUAGUCGAACAUGGGCGUUGGAUGCAGCCAACCAUAUCGCUUGGACUAAU